AGCUGCAGCCUCCGGUUCGUGCAGCCGGGAUUCGAAGCUCCUCCUGGUGUGUCGUGCGCUCCCAGAACCCGCCAGUUUUCGCGUCCCCAGCUGCUCGUCGCUGCCCGCACGCCUGUUUGCACUGCUCAUUCGCUCCUCAGCCGCGAAUGGGAGCUAGCCCUUGAUUCCGUCGCAAGCGCUCAGUCGCGGUCACACCGAUCCCCUUUCCAUACGCAGAUCGCAGCGCCGCCGCCCACAGCACGCGGAGCUCCUGAACAUCACCUCGACAGCCUCCGUCUAGGGCUUCCGUUCGAGGGCUCCUGCAGCUGCCGGUGGGGCCAACGAACGCUACGCUGCGCUCCGUCUCACAGAAAACGCACAUCCCCCCCGCGCAGCAACGCGACGAGGCUGCAGCAUGGCGUUCAACGGCACCGUGCCCCCGCCGGGGAGCAUGUUUGUGCGCGCGCUCUACGACUACGACGCCGACGAUCGCACGAGCUUGAGCUUCCGCCAGGGCGACAUCAUCCAGGUCAUCACACAGCUCGAGAGCGGCUGGUGGGACGGCGUGAUCAACGGCGUCCGCGGCUGGUUCCCGAGCAACUACUGCGCGGUUGUCAACCGCGCCGACGACGACGUGCACGACGACCGGAACGCUGCAGAUGCCGUUGACGACGACACCCAGUCCGAGCUCGGCGGCACCGACUACACCAACUCUGACACCGAGUCCCUCAACGGCAACGACACCAUCCUGCCCAUUGAGCGCAAUGGUAGCGACAACAACAAGGAAGAGGAAGCGGCAUUUUGGAUCCCCCAGGCCACGUCCGACGGCCGCUUGUUCUACUUUAACACACUCACCGGUGUGAGCACCAUGGAACUGCCCCUCGAGACCCCCUCGGCCAACGAGAACGGGCCCCGCGACCGCGCCAACGUCUUCAUACCAGACUCCUCGAGGCCGCCGCCCGAGCUGCUGGCUUCUGGCUAUAGUGUGGAGGACACAGACGACGAGAACUCAGCUUCGGACCUCGAGGGUCCGGGCAUGAUGGGCUCGCAUAGCUCUCUGCCGGGGCGCAAGAGACUCUCAGACGGCGUGUCGCCUGCAACGUCCAUGGACUCCAUGAACCAACACACUUCCUUCGACCGCUCGGCGGAUGCAAAUGGUACGAGCUUUUCAAUCGCCAAUUUGCCCCCUCUCGGAACCACUGCCACCUCGUUUGCUAACAACCCUACGGGCGGGUCACACAUGACACCCGGUUCUUCUCGCAAGUUUUACGAUGAUGUAAAUCCUGUCCCUCUGACGUGGAACCGUAUGGUUGAAGACAUGCGACGAGCCAUUGAGCGCUAUCGGCAGGCAAUCAACAAUAGCGAUCGUUCCGAGUUCGUCAAGCGAGCAGAAGACAUCUCCGACCAUCUGCGACUGAUUCUUGCCGCUGGAUCUGGCACAACCGACAAUCAUUCGGGUAAUCCUUCUAUCAUUUCGACCAACAAAGCCCUCUAUCCGCAUUUCCGCGAGACCAUGUCGAGGUUCUCGAAGCUGGUCCUUUCGUCCCAUAUUGCUGCAGCAGACUUUCCUCCACCAGAUUCUUACUCCAAGUGCUUGAAAGAAGCCGACGGCGUGCUGAACGGUGUAUACGGGUUUGUUGAGGUCGCUCGACAACAGCGUGGGGAAGACAUCCCUCGCCUUGUUCCUGGCUUCGUGGUCGGAAAUGCUGCGGGAGGCAACUGGCACAACAACGGCGUGGACGUUUGGAACGCCUCAGCCCCAACCUCUUUCAUCGACCAAGAAGACUAUGAGUCGAUGGUCGAACCUACUGUGAAGCUCGACUCUCGUGUGUUGGAGCGCCUUGAAGAUCUGAAGCGCUUGAUUGUCUCUAGUAUUCGCAGGCUCGAUGAGCAGCUCGUCGUCCGUGACAAGAUAGUCACGCCAUACAGACAUCAGAUCAUCGGCGACAGCGUCUGCAACGCAGCUGGAAAGGUUUUGGACGUUUGUCGUCCUUGGAUCUCCACAAUCGAGUCUAUCAACCUCUCUGCCCUUAGCUCGACCAUGCAGGGGCAGCAACUGGGCGAGUUCAGCAUUCAAAAGCAAAAGGUCUAUGACUUAGUUUCAGAGCUGGUCAUCAGUUGCCAAGGUGUUGCUGCCCCGUUAGCCGAUGAAUGGGCUGAAAACCGUGGCGACUCCUUGGAAGAAAGGAUCAAUGGCUGUCGGGCUGUGUCGCGUGAUCUGGAGACCAGUAUCGUGCAACAAUUCGGUUUACUACAGCACAUGUCAGAGGCUGUACCUCUGGCUGACAUUGCAGUGCGCAAUGACCCGCGACGAAACACAGAUACAGAAGUAGGAGGCUCACAUGUCCCCGGAGGCUCAAGUAGUUCAAGGCCCCUUCUCAAAGAUGUGCCUCAAUCGCAUACAUACAGCGAAGGAACGUCACUGGAAGAUAAGGUGGUGGACCCAGUCCGUACAGCCAACAGCAGCAAGAAGCUGAAGGACUUCUUCGGCGAAGUACCCAACAUCCCUCAAACAACCGUUGAAGAGGUGCCUGAGUUCCUCAAGCUCGAUCACGAGGGUGAAAUCUCGUAUGAUCACAAGACGAAUCCACCUCAGCUUCGUGGAGGUACGUUGCAGGGUCUUGUGGAACAAUUGACACGACAUGAUCGAUUAGACCCUGCGUUCAAUAACACUUUCCUCCUCACUUAUCGUUCAUUUACAACUGCUUCGGAGCUAUUUGAGAUGCUCGUCAAGAGAUGGAGCAUCCAGCCGCCGUACGGACUUGCGAAGGAGGACUAUCAAACCUGGGUCGACAUGAAGCAGAAGCCAAUUCGUUUCCGUGUGGUCAAUAUUCUGAAGAGUUGGUUCGACAACUACUGGAUGGAAGGCAAUGACGAAGAGGCAAGGAUAUUGAUCCAAAGGGUGUACAACUUUGCCAAGGAUCAUGUAGCGACCACCAGUACCCCUGGUGCUGCUCCAUUGAUGACAUCCGUUGAACAACGAUCUCGAGGCCCCGAUAUGCCGACCAAGCGCAUGGUUCUUACUUUGAACGCGCAGACACCCCAACCGAUCUUGCCUAAGCACAUGAAGAAGCUCAAGUUCCUUGACAUCGAUCCUACAGAAUUUGGACGGCAGUUGACCAUUAUCGAGUCGCGACUCUACGGCAAGAUUCGGCCCACCGAAUGUCUCAACAAGACAUGGCAGAAGAAGCUGGCGCCUGGCGAGCCUGAUCCAGCCUCGAACGUGAAGGCAUUGAUCCUUCAUUCGAACCAGUUGACGAACUGGGUCGCGCAGAUGAUCCUAACUCAACAAGACGUCAAGCGAAGAGUGAUCGUUAUCAAGCACUUUGUAAAUGUAGCAGAGAAAUGCCGUCUACUGAACAACUUCUCGACUCUGACCUCGAUCAUAUCUGCCCUUGGCACGGCGCCCAUUGCUCGACUGAACAGGACGUGGCAAGCUGUAAACGCGCGAUCGAUGACAACGUUGGAGAACAUGCGGAAGCUCAUGGGUAGUACCAAGAACUUCACAGACUACCGAGAGACACUGCACAAGGCGAACCCACCGUGUAUUCCUUUCUUCGGUGUGUACCUUACCGAUCUGACGUUCAUUGAGGAUGGUAUCCCUUCUUUGAUCAAGAAGACCAACCUCAUCAACUUCGCCAAGCGUGCGAAGACUGCUGAGGUGAUUCGCGACAUCCAGCAGUACCAGAACGUACCUUACCCGCUGCAACCUGUACCGGAACUACAGGAUUACAUUCUGACAAACAUGAACUCGGCUGGCGACGUGCACGAGAUGUACGAGACGAGUCUGCAAGUCGAGCCCCGAGAACGUGAAGACGAGAAGAUUGCAAGGCUUCUCUCUGAGUCUGGAUUCUUGUGAUGAUACCCCUCGAACGCAUUUGACAUUGUUGAUGAUACGAAUUCAACUCGGCGUUUCCAGGGCAUGAAACGACGCUAUUUUGCUUUCACGGACACGACUCCCAAGGCGCGCAUUACUGGGCAUUUUAUGCGCAAGCUUGGGUACAAGCUACGACAGACAUGUGACGAAGCACUGCGAAUAUCAGAUGAUCUUGUUUAUCGCUGGGUCAGGAGGAUCUGUGGCCCAGAGGCUUUCUGUUUCGGAAUGCUAUUCUACGUACCAUGUCUGUAAUCAAUGAAACGAGAUGCGAAUGCUG